CUUUAAUGUUGCUCACAAGACGCAGAUACAAGAUUUGUAAGUCGACAACUGCACAGAAGAACGAUGACUAUUUGUAUGCAUUUCUUCACGCUUAUUGUCAAGGUGUUAACCUUGCCUCUUAAACUGAUGGAAGCGGUUGGCAUGUAUGGCAUCUACAAGCGUUUCUUUCCGUUUGUUAUUUACAAGCUAUCUGCCUCUUACAACGUCAAAAUGAAAGAAAAAAAGAUGGACCUUUUCAGUAAUCUUUCCGAUUUUAAAGGAAACAGACCGCUUCGCAUUUUGGAGAUUGGCUGUGGAACCGGGGCGAACUUUGAGUUCUUCCCACCUGGUUCCAGUGUGAUUUGUGUUGACCCUAAUCCGCACUUCAAGAAGUAUCUGCAAAAGAGCAUGUCUGUCAAUGAUCACAUAACUUUCGAAAGCUUUGUUGUAGCUGCAGCAGAGGACAUGGGGGCAAUGAAAGAUAACUCAAUGGACGUGAUCGUUUCCACGCUGGUGCUAUGUUCUGUUGACGACACACCGCGAACAUUACGUGAGGCGCAUCGCAUAUUAAGGCCUGGUGGUGCUUUCUACUUCUUGGAGCAUGUAGUGGCUGACCCCUCUUCCUGGACAUACUUCUUCCAGCAUGUGCUUCAGCCAUUGUGGUACUACUUUGGGGAUGGAUGUGAGCUUAUCAGGGCAACAUGGAAAGAUCUGGAGGCUGCUGGAUUCUCUGAACUCAAACUGAGGCACAUCAGCACACCGCUCAGUUACUUGGUCAAACCACAUGUUAUGGGCUAUGCUGUCAAGUAAUAUAUGACAACCUUCCUGGUCUAGGCCUAUUCCAACAGCUGUUUAUUGAUGCCUAAGUAUUCAGAGAAAAUCAAACCUAUUUGAAUAUGUGGAUGUCAUACAUCACAGUACCAGUCAAAUGUUUGGACACACCUUCUCAUUCUGGGGUGUUUCUUCAUUUUUCCUAUUUUCCACACUGUAGAAUAAUAUUGAAGACAACAGAACUAUCAAAUAACAUAUGCAGUCAUGUAGUAACCAAAAGUGUUAGACAAAUCAAAAUAUAUUGAUAUUUUAGGUUCUUCAAAAUAGCCAACCUUUGCCUUGAUGACAGCUUUGCACACUCUCUGAGAUGUUGUGUUUCUUCUUUGCUCUAUGUAUGAAACAGCCAGCACUAAACAUUCACUAUAGAACGUCACAGACAUCAGACUCUCACGUACAGUGCCAAGUGAAAGGCUUACAGAUUUAGUUGCCUUGAAUUUUUAGCCUAACGCACUGUCUCCAACCUAUUCUGAGCCUAAAAAUUGAACAGUUAAAACAAGGACUUACCAUAUUACAUUAAUGGUGUUUUGUGGUAGAUUUGAAAGAGCUGGAUAUUUUUUUUUACAUAUACACUGAGCAAAAAUUUAAAUGCAAAAUGUAUAGUGUUGGUCCCAUGUUUCAUAAUCUUGAAUUAAAAGAUUACAGAAAUUUUA